AUCUUUGAAGCGAGAUAAGCCCUAAUCACGUGGCGCGUCUGCCACUUUUAUAAAAAUGUGCUCAAUCGCGUGCAUCUCGACUCGAUUCCAAUUCAAAUGACGCGCCGGCUCUUCCUUUUGUUCCUCGCGGCUGCUUUGUCUGCCUUCGGAGCGGCACAGGCGCAAUCCAGCUAUGUGGCGGCGGUCGUCGAGUUUUACGCCCUCGGCGGCACGUUCCAGCAGAACAUCCAAAAGUACGAAGAGCUCAUCGCCGAGGCUUCGUCGCAGUCGGCCGAGAUCAUCGUGUUCCCCGAGUACGGGCUGACGACGACCGCGGUGGCCGUGUCGCGGCCCUUGAGCAUCGCCGUGGGCCAGGAGGCGCCGGACCUGAACUCGAACCCUUGCCUCGAGCUGCCGCCGAGCAGAGCCAACACCGAGGCGCUGCGACGGCUUUCUUGCGCCGCCCGCAACUCGUCCAUCUACGUGGUGGCCAACCUGAUCGAGAGGCAGUUUUGCGGCGGGCAGCAGACGUGCGCCGCCGACGACUACUUGAUUUACAACACCAACGUGGCGUUCGACACUAAUGGCACUCUCGUCGCCAGAUACCGCAAAUUCAAUUUGUACGGCGAACCGGCGCUCAACACGACCGACGAGGUGGACAUUGCCGUCUUCAACACGACUUUUGGCGCCACAUUCGGCACGUUCACCUGCAUGGAUUUGCUCUUUUUCAACCCCGGCAUGCGGCUGGUGCGCGAGUUCGGCGUCACCGACAUCGCAUUUCCGACCGCCUGGUUCUCCGAGCUGCCCUUUCUGACAGCCGUGCAGGCGCAGUCGGCGUGGGCCAUCGGUCUUGGGGUGAAUUUCCUGGGGUCGGGCUACAACCUGCCCUCGGUGGGCAACAGCGGCAGCGGCGUCUACUCUGCCGAGCAAGGGGUGCUGGCGUCUGUGAUGGCCCAAGAAAACGGCACGAGGCUGCUGGUGGCGCGGGUGCCGAUCAGCCCGGCGCGCAAAUACUCGGCCAAUCGAGAAAGUGGGCAAAUAAGGAGAGGCUCGCCUGCCACGUUCGAUCUGCUGCUGAAGAACGACAAUCUGCGAAACUACACGUCGGCGCCUUUGACGCCCGAGAUCGGCUCAAACCUGACGUUGACACACUGUCAGGCUGAUCUUUGCUGCACGGUUGAUUACCAGCUCGAGUUAGUCGACGCGUCGGGCGCUUUCAAUUACCGGCUCGUCGUAAUAGACGGCAUUGUUACCCACGACGGAGGAAAGUACGUCAAUAGGGAGCAGGUGUGCUCGGUGAUUGCGUGUUCCGGGGCAGAAACGACGAGCUGCUCUGACGACCUGAGUCUGUCGACCUAUUCGGCGAACACGCUGUUCAAAUCGCUGGUCGUUUCCGGCAACUUCAGCACCGAUUUGCUGCAACCAAACACGCUGGUGGUGCCUUCGCUGGAUGUGCUGCGGCCUUCGGACGAUUUCCUCUACGUGCCGAGUUUUCCCACGUCCGCGUCGCGCUUGCGGUUGACGAGGAGCGUCAGCAAUUUGCACGCUUUCGGCAUUUUCAGCCACGACUUCGAGCCGGCCGACGCGUAAAUUACAGCAGUUUUUUUUUCGCCGAUUUAAUACCGACCGAGGCUCGAAAUACCGUCAGCGUCAGAGAGGAGAAACAGACCCGUGAGGGAAACAACGCGCGCGCGGUCUGUCUUGUGUCUUGCGGAUGGAUCUCGCGCGCUGACACUGUUUGAUCUUUCCACCAAAUAUUGAACAUUCCUCAUCUCUGAAAAAUCGCGAUAAAUUUAGAAUGAAAUUUAAUAAAGACACUUGAUGAAAAGCAAA